AGUGGCGCGACCCGACUCCGCUCAGUCGCCAGCCCUCCGCGCGAGCUCCUCCACGAGUCCUCCAUAGGUUAGCUUCUCAGUCUGGCCCCUCGUGUCUCCCCGAAAAUCCAUUCCGAGUCCCCCGUGACCAUAGUCUCCGUUGACGUUCCUCUCCGUGUUGUGCUCACCCCAUCGAUGCAGGAUAACAAUUGCUUCCUUUUUACACGACUAUUGAAUUCUGCAAUGGGAUAAGAUGAUCACGUGACCAUGAUACCAAGGAGUCACGCCCCACCAACCAUGGCAAUAUGAGGAUAAUUUACUGGAUAAUCGUUGUCCUCAUUUCAGACUGCGUAUGCAAUCCAGACGCAAAACGUUUGUACGAUGAUCUGCUCUCCAACUACAACAAACUCGUCCGUCCAGUUGUCAAUGUCACAGACGCUCUCACAGUCAAGAUUAAGCUGAAACUUUCCCAACUUAUCGAUGUCAACCUUAAAAAUCAAAUUAUGACAACAAAUUUAUGGGUAGAACAGUCGUGGAAUGACUACAAACUCAAAUGGGACCCUAAAGAAUAUGGCGGUGUGGAAAUGCUCCACGUGCCAUCUGAUCACAUUUGGAGACCUGAUAUUGUUUUGUAUAAUAAUGCUGACGGUAACUUUGAGGUGACGUUGGCGACUAAAGCAACCCUGAACUACACGGGCAGGGUUGAGUGGAAGCCUCCGGCCAUUUAUAAGUCCUCUUGUGAAAUAGACGUCGAGUAUUUUCCUUUCGACGAACAGACUUGCGUCAUGAAGUUUGGAUCGUGGACCUACGAUGGCUUCCAGGUAGAUCUGAGGCAUAUCGAUGAGGUCUUUGGCUCAAAUGUUGUAAAUAUAGGGGUUGAUCUCUCAGAAUUUUAUACAUCUGUAGAGUGGGAUAUUUUAGAAGUUCCGGCAGUGAGGAAUGAGAAGUUCUAUACGUGCUGUGAUGAACCUUACUUAGAUAUUACAUUUAACAUAACGAUGCGUCGAAAGACGCUUUUUUACACUGUAAAUCUCAUAAUUCCUUGUAUGGGAAUUUCCUUCCUAACCGUCUUAGUAUUCUACCUGCCCUCUGACAGCGGUGAAAAAGUGAGUCUCUCAAUCUCGAUCCUGCUGUCGUUGACUGUGUUCUUCCUGCUUCUCGCCGAAAUUAUUCCUCCAACCUCUCUAGUUGUUCCUCUCCUUGGAAAAUUUGUACUUUUUACAAUGAUUCUAGACACUUUCAGCAUCUGCGUGACGGUGGUGGUGCUGAACGUUCACUUCAGGUCGCCGCAAACGCACACGAUGGCGCCGUGGGUGAAACGAGUCUUCAUUCACAUCCUCCCGAAACUCCUGGUGAUGAGACGGCCACACUAUCCGGUUGAUAAGCGCGGGUUGGCGGCAUCGUGUCAGAGGAUCAUGGUGCGAACAUGCAACGGGAACGUGGAGCUCCGAGACUCGAGUCUGUUCCCGCACCACGCAGCACCUCCCGCUCUCCCCAGUGAAUUAUUAAACACCCCUGCUCAAUAUGUCUUCCAACACAGUUCCAGGGACACGGAACCAACAAUAAUAGGAAGUAGCUGUGAGAUUCACGGAGCACCCCCGGCCCUCUCGCAACUGUUCCCGGACACCCUCGGGGAAAACGGGUGCGGAGGGGUGACCCCGGAGCCAUCCCCCAACGAGAACGGCUCGGCAGUGCCGACGAGCAGCAGUCACCACUUGCCGCAACGUUGGCAUCACUGCCCCGAGCUCCACAAAGCCUUCGAUGGAGUUCGCUACAUUGCCGACCACACCAAAAAGGAAGAGGAUUCCACAAAGGUUAAAGAAGAUUGGAAAUACGUAGCAAUGGUACUGGAUAGACUAUUCCUUUGGAUAUUUACAUUAGCAGUGCUCGUCGGUUCGGCUGGCAUCAUCCUCCAAGCACCCACCUUGUACGACGACAGGAGACCUAUAGAUGUCCAACUUUCCGAUAUCGCCUCGACCACGUCCAAGCCGCAAGUUACUACCACGACUCUAUAAUCUCACUCUCUACAACUAAUUCCGUUUUUUAAUUCCUUCGUCGAAUCCUUCUUCCUCUCAAUUUCAAGUGAGUACUUCUACCGACGGAUUGCCUCAAG